UAACUGUUUUAUUCGAAAGCCCGUAACUUUCAGUACAAUUUUCAUUGUUAAAGCUGCUCUGCGCUCAGCGCUGUACUGUACGACUUCACACUCACGUCACGUCGCAGCGAUCGAAGGACCGGGCGGCGGAAACGGGCUCGCGCUCGCGCUCGCGCUCAGCAAUUGACAGGAAACGGUACUUUUUGCAGGAAGUGGAGGCCAGUAGCUGAAGUAACUCUGACGAGAUAUUAUUAGGGAAAAAAAGUGAAUUAUAAAAAGCGUAUUUCUUUGUGCAGGCUAUAGUAUAAAUAAAUAUUUCAGCAAAUUGGUAGCGUAUCUUUUAUGUUCAUAUAUAUACGGUUCGGUUUACAGUAAAGUACAGUAUGAGUAUAAUUUCCGAAGUUGCUAAAAACACUGACGUAAAUAAUGCAACGUUUUCGCUCCAUAACUCCACUUAGUAUGAUUCAUUUCUCGUAGAACUAUUAUAUAAAUCUUGAAAAGAUCAUAUCCUGGUGGAAAACAGUCACAAACAAGCGAAGUGACCGUGUCGUGUCAGACAGUUCACCACGCUUCAUCUUUCCAUUGUCUUUGGGUGUCUGAGCAGCAACCAUGAGUCGCGUGCCCCCCCAGCAGCCUCAGAGCUGUGGCCCAUGGGAGCUGAAGGAAAGGCUGGGAACAGGAGGCUUCGGCUAUGUUACACGGUGGCAGAACAAGGAUACCCAGGAGCAGAUUGCCAUCAAGCAGUGCCGUCAGGAGCUGAGUGCCAAAAACCGGGAGCGUUGGUGUCUGGAGAUAAAGAUUAUGAAAAGGUUGAACCAUGAGAAUGUGGUGGCUGGCCGAGAUGUACCUGAAGAGCUGAAGAACCAGGGUUCUAACGACUUGCCUUUGCUUGCCAUGGAGUACUGCCAAGGUGGGGACCUACGCAAGUACCUGAAUGUGCUGGAAAACUGCUGUGGAAUGAGGGAGGGCUCCAUUCUCAUUCUCCUGCGUGACAUAUCUUCAGCUCUGACCUACCUUCACAAGAACAGAAUUAUCCACAGGGACCUGAAGCCAGAGAAUAUUGUGCUACAACAGGGAGAGAAACGACUGAUCCAUAAGAUUAUAGAUCUGGGUUAUGCAAAGGAACUCGACCAGAACAGCCUGUGCACAUCCUUUGUGGGAACGCUGCAAUACUUGGCCCCGGAGUUGGUGGAGCAGCAGAAGUACACAGUGACAGUGGAUUAUUGGAGCUUCGGGACGCUGGUCUUUGAAUGCAUCACUGGGUUUCGCCCUUUCCUGCCUACGUGGCAGCCGGUACCAUGGCAUUCGAAGGUGAAGUUGAAGCACAAUGAUGAUAUUGUAGUGUAUGAAGACCUGGCAAACUGCAAUGAUGUGCACUACUCCAAACAUCUGCCGCAGCCCAACAACCUCAACAAGCUUCUGUCUGAGAAGCUAGAAAGGUGGCUGCGCCUCAUGCUGAUGUGGUCUCCCCAAGAAAGAGGCAAAGACCCAGAGUAUGGCCCCCAUGGGUGCUUUGCUGCCCUGGAGCACAUCCUAGACCUAAAGUUGGUCCACGUGCUGAACAUGGUCUCGGCAAAGAUUCUCACAUACAAUGUGCAGGAGGGUGAGACUGUGUCCGUGCUGCAGGAGAGGAUUGCCUGCGACACCAAAAUACCCUCAAACAACCAAGAGCUGCUGCUGGAGGCAGGCCUGGCUCUGGAGCCACAUAGGCAAGCAGUGGAAUGCGCUGUGGACUACAGUUCCAUAGAUGGACGACGGACGGACUUCCCACUUGUGUUCCUAUUUGACCGCAGCUGCAGUAGCUACGAGCCCCAGUUCACCGCCCGUGUCCUUCCUGAGAACAUCCGCUUUGUGCAGAUGGACCCCAUGCGAACUUUGCCGUACAGUGCCCUGCGGCGCACCUCAGGCCAGGCCUGGCACACCAUCCGCACCCUGAAAGAAGACUGGCAACGGCUGCAGCAGGGCCAGAAAGCUGCCAUCAUGAGCCUGCUGCGUCACAACAGCUCCCUGUCCAAGCAGAAGAAUGAGAUGGUCUCUAUGCACCAGCGCCUGCAGGCCAAGCUAGACUUCUUCAUCACCAGCCUCCACAUCGACAUGGACAAAUACCAGGAACAAAGGAGUACUGGCAUCGCUUCUGAGAAGAUGCUGAACGUGUGGAGGGAGAUGGAGGAGACCGCAGUCAGCUGUGCACAGGCAGAAGAGGUGACUAGCCUAGAUGAAGAGAUGAUGGCACUGCAGACAAACAUUGUCGACCUCCAGAGGCAGCCGUGGCGAUCGGGGGAGGCCUUGGACACGCUUGAAGGAAAGGCAAUGGAGCUGUUCCGCAAGCUGAGAGAGAAACCCAGAGACCAGCGGAGUUCAGGGGACUGUCAGGAUAUCGUGCGCCUUGUUGUGCAGGCUGUGCAGUUCUAUGAGAAGAAACUGCGAGACUUCUACACACACCUCAGUAAGACAAUGGUGUGCCGCCAGCGGGUGAUGGACCUGCUGCCCCGGGUCGAGGGGUUAGUGAGCCGGAUGGCGGAGCGGGAGCAGGCCCUCAUGAGCCUGCAGGAGAAGAGGCAGCGGGAGCUGUGGAACCUUCUCAAAGUAGCCUGUAGCAAGGUACGCAGUCCCGUGAGCGGCAGUCCCGAAGUGGGCCGCGCACCCUCCUCAGUGCAAUCCCUGCUGGGCCCCCGGCCCCCGCAUUCUUCCAGCCUGGACCACAGUCAGGAACAAGAGGAGUCCCUGCAGGUGAUUGAGGAGAGCAAGAUAUUUGAGAGCCGCCUGCAAAGCCUGGUGCAGGACACCAUCCAGGAAACGGAGAGUGACAUGCAGCUGCUGAUGGACUGGCAUUGGCUUGAUGAAGCGCAGGACAUCUCCUGAUAGUUUCUGUAGACCAGCAAUAGUCGUCCCUCAUAACAGCUAAGAAACGACCAAAUAUAUCUCCUUCCUGUGUGUCUGAAGUUUUGUGUAAAAACAAGUGCACUACUUGUCUUUGUUGCUGCGUGAUAACAGCACUGUGCCCUUCCUGCGCUAAAAACCUGAUUGCCUGACUUUUCCCAGCAAAACUAUCUGCUUUCGUACGUGCUGUUGAUUCCCCGAUGAAAGAUGGAGCGAAAGGCUGCAAACUGCGCGUACUCCUGGAAUGAGGCACACAGCAUAUGUGGCAUCGACCAGAGACUCUGCCCUUUUCCAAGGGUCGCCGAGGUGCUCGUGCUACUCCAGUGUUGAUAGGGACCAUAGUACUGGGCCCUAUUAAUGCAUUCUUCUUCAGUCCCUUCUGCAUUUACUGCAAGUGAACUGUUUACAUGUGAUUCAGCUUCCAGCAUUUUAGAGCAUUUUGUUAUGUCAUUUACUUGUGUUCAAUUUCAAUUUUUAUAGAGCACUCUUCUCACACGCUGUUCCCUGUGCUCUUUGACUUUCUGUUAAAUGCCAUACAUGUGGCAUUGGGAACAUUCCAAAAUGGUAAGGUUUUCUCAGGCACAUCCCAUUCUGGCACAGUUGAGGACUCGGGGCAGGUCCUAAGAACUCUCAAAGUCUGAAAAUUAAGCACAUGACCCGCAGUGCUGAACAGCAAAAAUUAUCAUAAAAGCACUUGUUUCGGUCUCCGUGGGGUGUCACGUGUAAGUGUCAUCGCUCACACUCAGCUGAGAACAGCUUACCUUAGUCAGGGUGCUGGUGCUCCACAGCUUGUCCUAGAUGAACAGGGCAUCCCACACAGGAGCACAGUCCCACGCACACAGGGAGAGAGAGAGGCACUUUGGAGUCACCACGCCCCGUGGAGGGUGUCUUUGGACUGUGACAGGAACCUGGGCCACCCAGAGGAAGUUCCUCCACACACGCAACAGCAUCCAGUCACACAGGGCAGAAGUGGUGAAGUAUGGGCACAACCCCGUGUGAAUGAGAAGAUCCUGAGAAGUUCCUGC